CGGCCCUCCUGAUUUCCUUCUCCGUCGCUGACCAUGGCGUCCUCCCUCUUGGCCCGUAGCUCCAAAAACACCUUUCCUCGUGUUCAGUCCAAUUUUGUCGCGUCGACCCGCCUUGUCCGCCCUGUUUCAUCUGCUUCGGACGCUCUUUACGUCCCUGGUGGUCCGAUAUACAAGGGUACGGUGAACGACCCGACCACGUUCCCGCCCCCUUCGAAGAUACAUGGCUCCCAUCACUGGUCGUUUGAACGGCUGCUUUCCGCCGGCCUUAUCCCCCUCACCGGUGCUGCGUUCGCCACCUCUCCCAGCGUCCACCCUGUCCUUGACGGCAUUUUGGGUGUCAGUCUUGUAAUCCACAGUCACAUUGGAUUUGACUCCAUCGUGGUUGACUACCUUCACACUCGCAAGUUCCCUGUGCUAGGAGUCGCAGCGAAAUGGGCUCUGCGCAGUGCCACUGUCGGUGUUCUCGUUGGCGUCUACCAGUUCAACACCAAUGACAUCGGGUUGACCGAACUGAUCUCGAAGCUCUGGCACGCAUAAUUCUAGUCUGUACCUGAUACAUGCUAGUUGUGGAAUAUAUGCAAGUGGAUAAGUUAAA